AUGGAGGGAUCGGCGACGGAGGGAAAUCACGGAGGCGAUCCCCGCGCCGAGCAUGCCGCAACCAAGGAGUCCGAGGCGGUGGCAACGCAACACCAUCUGACGCUGCUCCAGCCGACCGUGGUCGAAGUUUCUGCAGCCGUGCUGGAUAAGGACAAGGUGGGGGAGCACGAGUCGGUGGGGCUGGUCGGUGGCUCUCCACCUUCUGGUGGACGGGGGAGGCGUAGGCAGAGGAAGAGCGAUGGGGAGGACGAUUAUGACACCGCCGUGCCCGGGGACCUCAUUACACGGGCGAAGAGGCGGCAGACGACAGAUAGUGCUGACGACGCCGGAGGCGCGGCAGUUGGGACACCGCGAGGCGCCAAGGAAGCUAGUGGCAAGGCGGGCGGUCAAGCAUUGCGCCAGAAGGGCCGACCCGCAGCAAGAAAAGCAUCCGGCGGAAGGAGAGGCAAGAAAGCAGCGACGGGAACAAAGCCGAAACGGGGCGAUGAAGACCCCGGUGAUGCGGAGGAGGAGGAGGAUGAGGAGGAGGAUGCGGAGGGAGAGGAGGAUGAAGAGGAAGCGGAGGAGGAUGACGCGGAUGUUGGGGAGGAUGAAAAAGAUGAGAAUGAUGGCGGGGAGGACGAAGAGGAGGAGGAGGAGGAGGAGGAGGAGGAGGAGGAGGAGGAGGAGGAGGAGGAGGAGGCAGAGGAGGAGGAGGAGGAGGAGGAGGAGGAGGAGGAGGAGGAGCAGGGUGACGACGAGGAGGAGGAUGUGGAGGAGGAGGAGGAGGAGGCAGCGGAGGAGGAGGAGGAGGAGGAGGAGGAGGAGGAGGAGGAGGAGGAGGAGGAGGAGGAUGUGGCGCCAGCAUUGGGCCGCCCGUAA